AUGUUGGAGAAGCCCACAUGCAGCGGCAGCGGCAGCGGGAGCAUCGGCCGCCGCCCGCGGCGCAAGUGGGAGGUGUUCCCGGGCCGCAACCGCUUCUACUGCGGCGGCCGCCUCAUGCUGGCCGGCCACGGCGGCGUCUUCGCCCUCACGUUGCUGCUCAUCCUCACCACCACCGUCCUCUUCUUCGUCUUCGACUGCCCCUUCCUGGCCCGCCAGCUGACACUCGCCAUCCCCAUCAUCGCUGCCAUCCUGUUCUUCUUCGUCAUGAGCUGCCUGCUGCGGACCAGCUUCACCGACCCCGGGAUCCUGCCCCGGGCCACCGUCUGUGAGGCGGCCGCGCUGGAGAAACAGAUCGAUAACACAGGCAGUUCCACAUACCGGCCACCCCCUCGGACCCGGGAAGUGAUGAUCAACGGGCAGAUGGUCAAGUUGAAGUACUGCUUCACCUGCAAGAUGUUUCGGCCGCCACGGACCUCACACUGCAGUGUCUGUGACAACUGUGUGGAACGGUUUGACCAUCACUGUCCUUGGGUGGGCAACUGUGUGGGGAGACGGAACUACCGCUUCUUCUACGCGUUUAUUCUCUCCCUCUCGUUCCUGACGGCCUUCAUCUUCGCCUGUGUGGUCACCCACCUGACGCUGCGCUCUCAGGGAAGCAACUUUCUCUCCACUCUGAAGGAGACACCAGCAAGUGUGCUGGAGUUGGUGAUCUGCUUCUUCUCCAUCUGGUCCAUCCUGGGCCUCUCAGGGUUUCAUACUUACCUCGUCGCCUCCAACCUGACAACUAACGAAGACAUCAAAGGCUCGUGGUCCAGCAAGAGGGGCGGUGAGGCCUCCAUCAAUCCCUACAGCCAUAAAAGUGUUAUCACCAACUGCUGUGCUGUGCUCUGCGGCCCCCUACCUCCCAGCCUGAUUGACCGAAGGGGAUUUGUGCAGUCUGACACCGUGUUGCCCUCGCCUGUCAGAAGCGAUGAGCCAGCCUGCGGAGCCAAGCCCGACGCCAGCAUGGUAGGAGGCCACCCCUGAACUGGGCUCAGUACUUGCCACCUGCUGGCCUGUCCACCCCUCUGCACUCACCUGCCGCCCUCCACACCUGCCGGGAUCCUCCCCAUUCCACCCACGGGAAGCAGAGCCGCCAAAGACUCUUUCGUAUUUAUUUCCCACCCUGCGUGGCUUUCCCCACACCUCCAUGGCUGUACCCUCUGCUCCCCAAACCCAAGUUCCCACAGCCUUGGGCCCUAGAUCCCCCC